UGCUGCUCCUGCGGCCGCCCGAAGCAGGCAGCUUUCAGAGACGGGCCAGGAGCCUCCCGCGGGCCACUUGCGGGCUUUCUCAGCGGGGUGACCGGCGUGAUCAAGGCUCCCUGGCCCCCGGAGCGCGAGCGUUGACACAGCAGGCUGCGCCUCGGCGCUGCUCCAGAGUGGAACCGGCUUCGCGGGGAAGGGAGCCCGUCAGCCCGACUCGGAGCAAGCAAACGGAGACGGAGGAAAGCAGGUGUGAACCAGGCCCGGGAGGGAGAGGAGGAUGCCAGACCAAGGAAGCCACAGCUGGCUCUGAUGCAUGGAAACACCUUGAAGAAAAAGGGUGCAUCUUCCUGUUAGGACCCAGAAAACUGCUUCCCCACCCUAUCCUCUCAUCCUGGACCUGGCUGGGAACGGCACUGUCACCUCCUACCCUGAUUUUUGGAGGUAGACUCUCUCUUCCUCUUAACCCCCUUGGAUCUCGCCUGCUCCUCCAGAGAUGUACCAGAGCUUAGCCAUGGCUGCCAACCAUUGCCCUCAGGCCUACGAAGGGGCGAGUGGCUUCAUGCACGGUGCGGCUGCCACUUCUCCCGUCUACAUCCCUACCACGAGAGUCGGCACUAUGAUUCCCAGCCUGCCUUACCUCCAGGGGUCUGCCUCAUCGCAGCAAGGCAGCCCCUCCGCCCACUCCAUCUGGACUCAGCCCGGAGCCGAGAGCGCCUCGUAUAACCCCAGCUCAACGCACCCGUCCGUCUCGCCCAGGUUCUCCUUCGCCGCCGGCUCCCCCAUCCCGACCACCACCUCCAGAGAGGGGGCCACGUACAGCAACCCCCUCAGCAUCACGGCCAACAGCAGGGAACAAUACGCCCGCAGUUUCAGUGGAUCUUACUCCAGCCCCUACCCAGCGAGCUACAUGACCCCAGAGCUGGGGGCCACUUGGACUUCCUCGCCUUUCGACAACCCCAUGCUCCAUAACCUCCAGAAUCGGGGGACCCCAGGUGGGGCAAGACACCCCAACCUAGAUUUUUAUGAUGAUUACUCCGAAGGCCGGGAAUGCGUCAACUGCGGAGCGAUGUCCACCCCGCUGUGGCGAAGAGACGGCACCGGCCAUUACCUGUGCAAUGCUUGCGGUCUCUACCACAAGAUAAACGGCAUUAACCGACCGCUGAUCAAACCCCAGAGGAGGCUGUCGGCUUCCCGUCGGAUCGGACUCUCAUGCGCCAAUUGCCAUACCACUACGACCACGCUGUGGCGCCGGAAUGCAGAAGGCGAGCCGGUCUGUAACGCCUGCGGUUUAUACAUGAAGCUCCACGGGGUCCCGAGGCCUUUAGCAAUGCGGAAGGAAGGGAUCCAGACCAGGAAGCGGAAACCAAAGAAUUUAAACAAAUCCAAGGCGCCAACAGGGACUGCCAGUAGCGACAGCCUUCCCUCUUCCAUCAGCUCUGCUCCCUGCACCAGCACGACAACCACCACAACUGCCGUGGAAGAAAUGCGCCCCAUCAAAAUGGAACCAGGGAUCUCCUCUCAUUAUGGGCAUACGGCGCCCAUUCCACAGGCAUUCUCAGUCUCUGCCAUGUCUGGACAUGGACCUGCUCUUCACUCUGCCAUGCCGAGCCUCAAACUUUCCCCACAAAGCUACCCGGCAGCUAUGAGCCAGUCUCCGCAGCCCAGCUCCAAGCAAGACUCCUGGAACAGUCUGGUCCUGGGCGAAAGCCAUGGAGACAUUAUCACGGCAUAACAAUCUCUGCCCUGCAGCUUCAGGCUUGGGAUACGAAGGCAUCUUCCCACCAUCAGACAUGCCUUUGUUUUCUUUUGCUUGCUUUCGUCAGCCAAUUUCCUGAGGGCUGUAGAUCCCGAUCCGAGGGCCGGGCACACGCCGUCCCUCGAAAGCCUCUCCGAGGCGCAUUCUUUCUCGCGAAGGAUUCUGGGUGCUGUGGUUCAUCCCUCACAGAGUCGGGAUUCCCAGCAACCUUUGGCGAACUACCAUGCCCAGAAUUCUUUGAGGGGAACAAAUAUGCUUUGGAGGUGAUCUGUGUACACAACCAUUCCAGAUUGUGCUAUCGAAAGGUUUUGUUUGGAGGCUUGCUUUGAAAACGCUUCUGUGAAGUUGCCGCCACGCUUGGAACGAACGAGGUCUUCAGUUGCUUCAGAGCUUCGAAUGCCUUCAGGGAAACUGACAGAAACUCCAGUUAAAAGUAUGUAUACACUUGCCCAAAUCUGGCCCUGCAGUCUUCGACAGCACUCUUGUUGCCUUUUGCUAUCUAUUAAAAUUCCCCGCUCUGGCCCAACAGGAGGAGAAAAGAUUCCUUUGCACUGGCAUUCCCUGGAAUAUAGAAUCAUAGAACCAAGAGAAUUUUAGAGUUGGCAGGGACCCCAAAGGAUCAUCUAGUCCAACCCCCUGCAAUGCAGGAAUGGUGAUCAUUUCCAAGAUGAUUCCCGGGGGCAGGCUUUGGCUGUGUGGAUGGGUUUUCCAGACAUCUGAUCCUCAUUGAAAUACCCAAAGGCCAGAUAACUGCAAGAUUAUGCCGCCGAGCUGUCCACAAAUCUAUCCCCUCUGACGGAUCUUUCACCUUGCCCAAUGUCCCUGGAAAGGCAACCAGGUUUUUUCCACACAGCUGAAUGAUCGAGUCUUGAAAAAGCAAAGCGAUGGACAUGAAUUGUGCAAGAGGAGAAGAGAGAAUAUGUGGACCAAACAAUACCCCAAUACUUACGAGUGAUGGGGGGGCGGUCAGCGGCUGGCAACCCCCAUGGACAGAUCUGGCUCCUCUCAGUGGUGAUAUUUGCCCACUUGGAUACCAGCAGUCGAUUCUUUGAAACGAGGGGUGAGCAGACUCACGAGGGACUAGUUGGGGUGUUAUCCCUCCAUGUCCCCCGUUCGAUUGUCAAAACGUACCCACCCACAACGCAAAAGAACCCUUGUUGCUGGUCAGGACACUCGGGUUACGGUCGCCGAUGACUGCAACGCUGAAUGAAUACUUAAGAUUUAUUUUGGGUUUUCUCCUUCCCUGAAUGGAGGACUGCAAUCCCAUAAUAAGCCAGGAUGGAAAAGGAGCUGCCUUGUGCAGCAAAUGCCACAGAUAAACACUAAGUGAAAGACUUCAGGGUCUGGGAAAAGACACGAGAGCUGUUUUGAAAAGCGUGGAACAGAGUUGCCGGGUUCUGGAUACCACGGCUAGUGACUCUUGCCAGAGGAAUCUCUUGCAUCCAGCAGUUUUGCAACUGCCUGCACUGUGCCAGUGUUAAUUUAAUUGCUUUUCUGACAUCUGGAUUAUGCCUCCUCCUCUUCCUCCUCUCCAUACCCAUUGCUAUCAAUAAAACUUAUUUUUAUUAUUUUCAAAGCAGCUGUGCCAGGGUUCCCACCAGGAAUGGAUCCGAAAGAGGGACUUCCUACCGCCCUUAGGAACACAGGAAGCUACCUGAGUCAGGCGGCUGCUCCAUCUGUCUCAGUACUGUUGACACGGACUGGCAGCAGCUAUCUCCAGGAUCUGCAGACUGGGGUCUCGACCAGCCCUAUCUGGAGAUGCUGGGGAUUCAUAGAAUCUUAGAGGUGGAAGGGACCCAAGGGUCAUCUAGUCCAACCCCCUGCAAUGCAGGAAUCACAGCUAAAGUACCCAUGACAGAUGGUCAUCCAACCUCUGCUUAAAAACCUCCAAGGAAGGAGAGUCCACCACCUCUUGUGGGAAUCUGUUCCACUGCUAAACAGCUCUGACUGCCAGAAAGGUUCCGAAUGUUUAGUCGGAAUCUCCUUUCUUCUAAUCUAACUUGAAGCCAUUGGCCUGAGUCCUACCCUCCAGAGCAGGAGAAAACAAGCUUGUUCCCUCUUCCAUGUGACAGCUCUUUAAAUAUUUGAAGGUGGCUCUCAUACAUAGCUGUCAACCCUCCCUUUUUUGCAGGAAACUCCCUUAUUCCAAGCCACAGCUGUCAACCUUCCCUUUUUUUUGCUGGAAAUUUCCUUAUUCCAGCGCCGUUUCCCACUGCUAUCCUGGAUUGUUAGAUAUACUGUAGACUGUCCCCGGGACAGGUGAGGCUGCUGAUCCCUUAUUUUCAAAUCCGAAAGUUGACAGCUAUGCUCUCCUAUCUCCGUCUCCUCUUUUCCAGGCUAAACAUACCCAGCUCCUUCAACCGUUCCUCAUAAGGUAUGGUUUCCAGACCCUUGAUCAUCUUGGUCGCCCUCCUCUGCGCACCUUCCAGCAUGUCAAUAUCCUUCUUAAAUUGUGGUGCCCAGAAUUGGACACAGUAUUCCAGGUGUGGUCUGACCAAGGCAGAAUAGAGUGGGACUAUUACUUCCCUUUGAUCGAACCUUGGCCCUUCUGCAUGCAAUGGACUCCCCAGAUUAAAAUCUCUUUCAUUCUCACACAAAACGCUCUUGCUUUUUUGAAAGGAAGAGGUGGAAUGUGGGUCACAGGUGGCGCAGUCCUUAAACAGCAGCUCGCUUGAUCGGUGAUCAGCUUUGUUGGGACACAACAAUUACCGUCAUUUAACCAACACUAAUCCUGGCCUGUUUAAAAACAAUAUUGCAAAGCUGCUGUUUAACAUUCCCACUCCUGCAAACAUCAAGGAGCUAUAAAGCUCUUGAGCCGAUUUAAACCAAAGCAAGCCCAGUCUUGCCUAUCUGAAAGCAAACAGAAUGGCUUUAUUAAGCUUAAUCCUCAAAGCUUUUCGGUGCAUUUUACACUUGACCUUGUUCGAUUUGGCCCUCCUUUGCAAAUCUCACAGGCUCCAGACUGUAAUCAAUUGAUGGAGAAGAUGGGUCAGCUCAAUCUUUAGAUUAAAGUGUUUCAGUCAUGGAGGGCGCAUUUUGUGUACAGAAGAUUUGAUCCCCGGCAUGGCUAGUUACCUGAAUCGGAUGGCAAGUGGUAGAGGAGAUAUGAGAGUCCCUGGAUCAACGUCUUUGGACUACAACUCCCAUCAGCCGCUGGAGGGCACCACCUUGGCAAAUGCUGCCCUAGAGAGCUGCUGCCCAUCAGACAAUACUAAUCUAGAUGGACAUAAACACCUUUCCAGUUAUAGCCUUCAGUUCUGCCUUGAAGAGAACUUUUGUCUGGGGCCACGGUUUGGACGUUUAACUGAGGCCGCAAACCUUGUGCGACUCGCCCAGCCGAACCCUGGCUGGCGUUCUUCCUCAGUGGCGCUCCCGUCAAUCUGGAGGCAGCGUUUGGUUAGCAAGCCACAAGUUGGAUCUGCUGGUGCCCAGCGCUGAAACGAUGACAUGGUGGCAAGGGGCUUUCUUGCAGGAACGUUCUUAGAAGGCAGACCUAUGCUUUUUGCCUAAUGUCCAUGCAUUUCAUAAAGGGCCCACUUACAUUUUCCUCCAAUAUUUCAGGUGCUAGGGAGCCCCAAGACACCUGACCCCCUUCUGCCACCAAAUGAACAUUAAUUAAAACACAUCGCAGCUUUUGUAAAAUCUCUGCCAAACCCUUUGUGGCAGUUUAAUGCAGCUCAUUCUCCUUUCCUGAAAGAUACAGUAGUCUUUCUGCCAUGGUAGGCAUUUGUGAGGGCCAGAUCUUGGGCAUUAUUAAGUUUAAUAAUUUACAUUGCUGAGGGCUGUUGUUCCUUCCCUGCAACGUGAAAAAAAUAGCCUUUGCAGCCUCUGUGGCUGUCACACGUGCGAGGAUGCUCAUAAGAAGAACUCAUGCUAUAACUUCUUCCCUGCUAAACAUUCCAGGAACUGUAGCAGCUGGGGAGGCUGCAAAUUAUUUACAUGUGCAAGCACCAUGUAACAAAAAUGGGAAGACCAACCUUCAAACCACAUCUAAAAACUUAGCCCUUCCCCAGGUUUUCGGGUUUGAAACCUCUACACCUCAACCCAAAUGUCCAGCAGAACAUUGGUUGUCAUUUUUGGAAUGGAAUUAAGACUUUUUGGAAUGGAAUUAAGAUUUAUAAACCUCUUGGUAUGUUGUCUUUUGGUUAAAAGAAAACAAUAAAAUAUAGAUACAGUAAAAUGAAAGGAGAAUUCCCUGGAUGCCUGCUCCAGGUUUGGGGCAAGUACUCUUUCGUGAGAGAGCCCCAGCAGAAAUUUAAAAUCACAAAAGCAUGCAGCAAAGUCAAGCGUGGAAAUGGAGCCUUUAAAAUAUCCGCUUCUAAGUUGCUUCCAAAGUCUCCCGAUUCCCUUAGCAUAGAAAAGGACCACACAUUUGGCAAGUCAAAAAUGGUUUACUUACAAACUCUUCAAAGGUCAGAUUCAUGUGCUUUUCCAUACAUCAGUCAGAAAACACGGGCAGCAAAAUUUAAGAUUGGAACUGAUCUUAAUAUGAGAUGGUGGUGAAAGUUCCUAAAUGUGGUGAAAGUUCCUAAAUUAAUUGUAUAAAAACACAAAGAUGGCUUGCUUAAGCCUCGUAGAUUCCUUACCGGAAGGGUUUACAUGAUACACAUGUGGUGGAAAGUGGGAGAACAAAGAUUUGGUAGCCCUUUGAAUGUGAGCAGAGGUGACCUAGUCAAACCUUGUAGGACAGCAUACACUAUGGUCUUAAUCCCUCCAUGCAUUAAUUCGAGUUGAGCACGUUGGUUACAAAACCCAGGGGACAGUGCCAGGGUUUGGCCGCAUUUUCAUUUUUUAAAAAAUCAUCUUUUGUAUCAUUCAGAUGCUUCUCUGACUAAGGGACCCUCCUUUUGCACAUAGGUGGAGCAUGCCGAGAUCUGCGGAGACGGAAUUGGCACGCACGUUUCAUCCUACAGGGAUGUUUUUUCCUUUUCUUUUUAAUAUAGUACGUUACUCAAAAUAUGCACUGAAAAUUUAUCCUGUGUUCCAGCUCCAGCCAUUUCCGGAGGCUUAUUAUGGGGUGCAGGAAUUGUCCUUGCUCUGACAGCUGGUCUGGGGAGAGGGGUGGCUUCUCCUCCUGGAGAGGAGGCAAAAGACAGGCAGGGACCUGAUGCAUCCCCAGAGGGAGGUGCCAUCCAUCAGUUUACGGGGAAAAGAAAUUGCUUUCUGAAAUUAUGAAAGGUGUGAAAUUCUUGUGGCUUUUUGCUGUGCAUACCUUACUCUCAGGGUGACUGAGGGGUUUGCGGGGAGUUUAUUUCCUUCUGCAAAAGAGUGUACUGCAUUUUUCAGCCUUGCUGUUUGCCUGUACGUAUUUCCCUAAACCUCAUGGCAUUCUCAACUUGGCUUUCUCAUUUGCACAAGAAGGUUAGGUACCCUCUAUUCUGCAACUGCUCUUUUUUGUUGGUUUUUUUUUUGCAUGAAAUUUUAUUAACUUUUAAACAAAUCCAUGUGGAUUUUAAAAAAAGUAAAGGGGAGGACUUCCCUUAAAAACAAAAUCAGCAGGCACCCUGAUCUCCAGCUGGCUUCCCCAGUUUUCUAUGCUUCAAUUAGUGCCUGGGGUAGAUGUCAUAAGUAAGGCAUUGCAUGGGGGUGGACUAGAUGACCCUUCGGAUCUCUUCCAACUCUACAGUUCUAUGAAUCUGUGACACUUCCCAUUGUGCUUUUCUUAAAAAUAAAUCAGGAAGCUCAGGUAACCAGGUAGGCUGCAGAGCUCUGGAGAAAUGUCGAAAGGGGAAGUGACCCUCUCCGUUGUUUUCAUCACUCUGUGCCAAGAAACGCUCCACCUGUUGAACUUCCAAGUAUUUUAUUUUACAAAAGAAGUGACAGCCAAAUUUUGAUGUGUUCUAGGUGAGCCAUCCUGGAGCUUAGCUGAGGAUGCAGACCUGUGCCUUUACCACGCCAGGCUGCAGGAGGGAGGUUGUAUUAGGCAAGACUUCCACCAUGCUGUAAAUAAAUAAGUUAACAAGACACCCCCCCUGCAAUUAGAAAACUAGUUUAUCAGGGAGAGGGCUGGGGCGGGAUAUUUCUCCCUGACAUGCUACUUUUCUAUGUGCAGAGAGUUUGAAGCAUUUGAUUGUGUGAGCCCCCACCUUUGGUGGAAGUGCUGGAGUCCAGAAACAAGGUUGACCACCUCAAGUUGAACUACUUUGAACUGUAAGUUGAACUACUUUGAACGUAGUUCACCCUAGUUGGCAGCCCUGGAUGGUUAGGCUAGCUAGGGGAAAUGACCAGCAUCUUCGGGCCAAAAAACUGGUUGGUAACCUUAAGUGACAUUCAUACUAUUUCUUUAAUAAUAAUAAUAAUAAAAAAAAAACAAUCCAUGUAUUUUUAGCAUGAUAAGUGUCUGUGGAAAGGUGCUGUUCCAAGAA